ACUAUUUGUUAAAUAAGCUAAAUAAAGUAUAAGAAUUUAGAUGAGAUGAUGGUAGAGGUGGUGAGAAGUGAAAAGUGAUCAGAUUCUGGAUAUAUUUUGAAGAUAGAUCCGAGAGGAUUUGCUGAUGGAUUGGACAUGGGGUAUGAGAAAAAGAGAAGGGUCAAGGAUAACUCUAAACGGUUUGGCCUGAGCUACUAAAAAAAUAAUGUUAACCAUUUGCUGAGAUGGGGAAGACCAUGAGAGGAGCAGCUUUUGGAGUUGGAAUAUUGAGAACUCAGGUUUGGAAAUGAGGUCUGAGACAUAUUUUGACAUCAAGUGGAGAUUAAGUCAGGUAGGCAGUUUGAUAUCUGAGCCUAGAGUUCAGGGAGAGGUUUGGACUGGAGAUACACAUUGUUAAGUCAGCAGCACGUUGAUGGCUUUUAAAGCUGUGAGACCAGAUGAGACACCAGGAAGAUUCUUACCUCUGAAGACAAUGUUAGGACCAAGAUAUGAUAGUCAAGUUGCUGAAGAAAAUCGGUUCCAUCCCAGUAUGCUCUCAAAUUAUCUAAAGAGUCUGAAGGUUAAAAUGGGCUUGUUAGUGGACCUGACAAACACUUCAAGGUUCUAUGACAGAAAUGACAUAGAAAAAGAAGGAAUCAAAUAUAUAAAACUUCAGUGUAAAGGACAUGGUGAGUGCCCUACAACUGAGAAUACCGAGACAUUUAUUCGUCUGUGUGAGCGGUUUAAUGAAAGAAACCCACCUGAACUUAUAGGUGUUCAUUGUACCCAUGGUUUCAAUCGCACUGGUUUCCUCAUAUGUGCCUUUUUGGUGGAGAAAAUGGAUUGGAGCAUUGAAGCAGCAGUUGCUACUUUUGCUCAAGCCAGACCACCAGGAAUUUAUAAGGGCGAUUACUUGAAAGAACUUUUUCGUCGCUAUGGUGAUAUAGAGGAAGCACCACCCCCACCUCUAUUGCCUGAUUGGUGUUUUGAGGAUGAUGAAGAUGAAGAUGAGGAUGAAGAUGGAAAAAAGGAAUCAGAACCUGGGUCAAGUGCCUCCUUCGGCAAAAGGAGAAAAGAACGGUUAAAACUGGGUGCUAUUUUCCUGGAAGGUGUAACUGUUAAAGGUGUAACUCAAGUAACAACUCAACCAAAGUUAGGAGAGGUACAGCAGAAGUGUCAUCAAUUCUGUGGCUGGGAAGGGUCUGGAUUCCCUGGAGCACAGCCUGUUUCCAUGGACAAGCAAAAUAUUAAACUUUUGGAGCAGAAGCCAUAUAAAGUAAGCUGGAAAGCAGAUGGUACUCGGUAUAUGAUGUUGAUCGAUGGCACAAAUGAAGUUUUUAUGAUUGAUAGAGAUAAUUCGGUGUUUCAUGUUUCAAAUCUGGAAUUUCCAUUUCGUAAAGAUCUCCGUAUACAUUUAUCAAAUACUCUCUUGGAUGGGGAAAUGAUUAUUGACAGAGUAAAUGGACAGGCUGUUCCUAGGUAUUUGAUAUAUGACAUAAUUAAAUUCAAUGCACAGCCAGUUGGAGAUUGUGAUUUUAAUAUUCGUCUGCAGUGUAUAGAAAGAGAAAUAAUAAGUCCUCGACAUGAAAAAAUGAAGACUGGGCUCAUUGACAAAACACAGGAACCAUUUAGUGUCAGAAAUAAGCCAUUUUUUGACAUCUAUACUUCAAGAAAGCUACUUGAAGGAAAUUUUGCCAAAGAAGUCAGCCAUGAAAUGGAUGGACUUAUCUUUCAGCCUAUUGGAAAAUAUAAGCCUGGUCGAUGUGAUGAUAUUUUGAAAUGGAAGCCUCCUAGUUUGAAUUCUGUGGAUUUUCGCCUGAAGAUAACAAGAAUGGGAGGAGAAGGGUUACUUCCUCAGAACGUUGGCCUGCUCUAUGUUGGAGGUUAUGAAAGACCCUUUGCCCAAAUCAAGGUGACAAAAGAGCUAAAACAGUAUGACAACAAAAUUAUAGAAUGCAAAUUCGAGAAUAACAGCUGGGUCUUCAUGAGACAGAGAACAGACAAAAGUUUUCCUAAUGCCUACAACACUGCCAUGGCUGUGUGCAACAGCAUCUCCAACCCUGUCACCAAGGAGAUGCUGUUUGAGUUCAUCGACAGAUGUGCGGCGGCUUCUCAAGGACAGAAGCGGAAGCAUCAUCUGGACCCUGACACAGAGCUCAUGCCUCCACCGCCCCCCAAAAGACCUCGCCCUUUGACCUAAGACCCGCCUCUGACUUGAGGAUUGAGAGGAAAAAAGAGUGAGAAAGAAUCCUGUUGCCCCAUUUUUGCAGACAGAGAAAUUCAAAAGCGAAUGUGGCCUGAUGCUGAUACGCAUUUGCAUUUUUUGUAAAAAAAGAAAGAAAGAAAAGAAAGAAAAGAAAGAAAGGUAUUGUAGCCGGCCUGUAAAUAUUUGAUGCAUUUGUUUCCUCAGUGCUACGAUACAUCGUGGACUUCACACAGUUUAUUUAUAUCUGAUAAACUCAGCCUUACCUUGUGGAAUCUGAAGAUUGAAAUAUCCAAAGGUUUAAUUGAGAUUGAAAUCAAUGCAAAAGAGGCCUUGUUUGUAUAUGGAUAACUUUGACCUUUAAUUUAUAAAGUUAGUAAUCUGGAACUGUGAGCGUAUAAAACACUGUAUUUUUUAGAAGUUGUAUUUCAACUAUGGUAAAUUCUCCUUUUGAAACAUCUAGGCAAUGGCAUUAAACAUUCUUGCUGUCGUUUAUCAUGGAUUUCCUACAUUUCUGAGAUUCUUGUGUUCAAAAACAAAUGACAAUGUUGUUAAGUAUUAUAUAUUAUACUAUGUUAAACAACUCAGUCUGGCUUAUCUCAUUUUAAGAAGUUUUUUUAGAAAUGUAAAAGUAAAAAAGUAAAGCCCCGUUUUUGUGAAUUGCAUCCUGUCUAAAGGAAGUAUAUUGAGUAUUUUCAUCUGUUUCUAUUCUUUGAACUAAAAUAUCAGAUAUCCAAUGUGUCCAUUCUGGCAGUGGUUUUCAGUUACUUCAUAGAACUUAGAUAUAUACCACCAGGUUCCUUUUAUGUGUUGUUCUCCUGAGAGACCCUUUUCCUUCCUUCCUUCCUUCCUUCCUUCCUUCCUUCCUUCCUUCCUUCCUUCCUUCCUUCCUCCCUCCCUCCCUCCCUCCCUCCCUCCCUCCCUCCCUCCCUCCCUUUUUUUUGUUUUUUUAAUGUCAGGGCUACUUCUGCUUUACCUCAGUGGUAUCAGCACAUUGUAAAUUACAUUAAAACACACAACUCACUGUGAUGAUGGGAAUGAUAUCAAAUACAGACGAUGUUGUGUUAGUUCCCUCGAACAAAGCGGCAAAGGAAAUGCCAGCUGACUCCUUUGAUUAGAAGGUGAUGUCAAUGGAAUAGAAUGCUGUCACUAGAAAAUGCUCUCCCACUGCUAGAUAAAUGCAGAGGCAAAGAGUAGACAUCUGUAGAAACUAAACAUCAAGGAAGCCAAGACAUUUAUUUUCAAAGCCAGAAUUCUAUCUGUGUUCUGUUCUCGGGAUGCUAUUUCUGUUGUACACCUGAAUUUUAAAACAUUUACUGGUAGAUAAUGGAUUUAAAGAGCAGCUAAUUGGUCAUCUGCCAUUGUUGAGAAGCCGUGUUCUGAUUGGUUUGUGAAGGAACUCUCAGAAUUUGCCUAUUAGAGGCGAAUAUAUUUAUUUUUAGAGGCACAGGUUUUAAGUAUAUGUGUAUUUAAAACAAAUUUUCAUGAUCUGAAUUUUAUAUAUGAUAUGCAUAUAUAUGUAAGUAUACGCAGCAGUGUAUAUUCUUCUACUAACACAAUCAGACAUGAAAAAUCCAAAUGAGUUACCCAGCUGACUGAAUAUCUGACAGGAUUUCUAUAUGAUAUAGCACAGAUUAACCAAAAAUGUAUUUAUAUUCAGCUGAGUUUUAAUGUUUUUAAACAAAGUUUUCUCCUGUAGUGCUUUUCUAUAUGAAAUACUAGGAGUCAUGCUUGGGCUUUUUCCUUUAUUCUUUCCAAGUUAUGUAACAUGUAGUGAAUUUAUCUAGAAUGUCAUUUUAGUAUUUCAUUCCUAGAGUGCUUUUGUGAGUUUGGGCACUAAAGGGAUUAAAACACCUGACUGCCACAAUGAUUGUCGAAAGGUGGAAAUUUGUAAGGUUCCAUAGUGUCUUGUACAAAGUGGAUCUGAAAAAAUACCUAUGCAACUCCAAACAGUCCGAUGCCUGCUUCACCAGGGUCAGUGACUCUUUUCACACGCUAUGUUGCUUUCUCCCGAGCCUGUAUAAGUGCAGAGCCCUUUUGCAGAUCUAAGAGCUAGCUUUUGCCAGUGAUCUUUAAUGGAGUUAAAAUGUUUAUGGUAAUUGUAACCUUUUAAAUGAGUUAUGUGAAAAGAGCAUCUCAUUUUUAAUACACCCAGAUACUUUUUCCUUGCCUUUGUGCAUUUUCUAAAACUUAAUUUUCUUAAUUUGUCCUGUCCUUUCGAUUACAGUGAAGUAUAAUAGCCGGCCUAAUAAGUAGAUCCCAUUUAGCCCCCGAACACACUGUCGUCUGCAGUAUCAUCAGAAGUCAUCUAGGAAGUCAAGGGGGAGAAUUGAGAGGCGGGAACUGGGACAUCAGGAAGGAAAGAAACCCUUCCCCUUCUCAGGCCACUUCACAGCAACUCUUUUCUGACACUGAAGUUUUGUAGACAAGAAUAAGAAAACUUUGCUUUCUUGAGUUAUCACAUAUAAAAGCUUUUGCUUUGUAUUUGGAAAAGAUGUGGAUGACUCGACUGCCUGGAUGGUUACAUUUGCUUUCCAUGAAAUGCUCAGAAAACGUCAGGACAUUCCUUCUCUAAUUGUGUGUCAGUGCGUAUUGUAAUAAAACCACUGAGUUAAAAUAACA